CCUUGAAGGCCAAACAAGCGUCGAUAUAGAGGCGUGUAAAGGCCGUGUUCGUUUACAGAGCAGAGCAGAGCAGGUUAUUUAGACAGGCAUAAACUUCAGGUUUAUUUUUACGGGUAACCUACAGCAGACAUGGACUGCGGAAUUUUAGUAUCUAAGACCGUCCUUUUGCUCAUCAGUCUAAUAUUUUGGGCUGCAGGAGCGGCUCUUGCAUACGUCGGCUCUUUUGUCAUAAACAGCUACAAGACUUUUGACGACUUCAGAGUUGACAAAUACACCGUUAUCCCUGCAACCAUCAUUCUUGGUUUGGCCGUGGUGAUGUUCAUCAUAGGUACAAUUGGCUGCUGCGCAACGCUGAGGGAGUCUAAAAUCGGCCUAGGCUUUUUCCUACUCAUCCUUUUUCUGAUAUUUGCUGCGGAGGUCGCUGCCAUUGUGUUUGGCUUCAUCUACAAAAGCAGGAUAAGUGGAGACUUGGAAAAACCAAUGAUUGAAGUUUUUGAGAAGUACAAUGGCGAUAAUUCUGAAAGCCGGGCAGUGGAUUACUUGCAGACUCAGCUGGAAUGUUGUGGGGUGCACAACUACACUGACUGGUUAAAAUGGCAAUGGUUUAUUCAUAACCAUACUUUGCCUCUGUCAUGCUGCAAAGCAAACAUCACCACCUGCACGAUCGACCACCCAGAGCUGUUGAAUAAAAGCGGAUGUGAAACUAAACUGGAGCAGCUGCUGCAGCGUGUGCUGAUUUAUGCCAUAUUGGUCAUCUUGGGAUUCGCCAUCAUAAAGUUCCUUGGCAUGCUCAGCGUUUGUGUGAUCGGCUGCCGAAGCUCCAGAAAUGACUACCAGCCAUUAUAUGCAUAAAAGGUGACAUUCCUACCUUUUGGUUGACUGUUGUGCCUUAGACAGUGCACCUUACUAUGUGUUUUUCCCUUAACUUUCCUGAAUCACACUAGCAUGUACUUUCCUAUGAUUUUAAAUUCAAACAGUAAAGGGAGUUCUACCAGUUGCCUGAACUGACUUCUUAAAAAAUUUUAUAAGCACUGAAUGGAUUGUGAUUUGAAGUUUAAGUGGAUAAAAGUUUUAGUCUAUAAGUGUUUAUGUAAAUGUCUAAGUAUGUAACACACUGUAUGUAAUGAUGCAUUUUUCAUGUUUAGUUGUUGAACUGGUCAUGAUUUAGUGAAAAUAUUUUUGCUGCAAAAGCUCUUAAGCAUCAGAGAUCACAUGUUAAAUGCUGAGUUUUAAUUGCGUUGACAAUGAAAUAAAUUAAAUAAAAGUCUUAAAUUGAAUAA